AUUUUGCUGAGAGGAGCCGAAAUCCUAAAGGCAGUGUUUGUUGGUAGUGCUGUCGUUAACAGUGUCUAAAUCGGUGUUCAGAGGGGUGGCAGUUACAGAAGUCAAUCCCAAUGGGGAACGUUUUUGAAAAGCUGUUUAAAAGUCUGUUUGGGAAAAAGGAAAUGCGGAUUCUCAUGGUGGGUUUGGAUGCCGCUGGAAAAACCACCAUCCUGUAUAAAUUGAAGCUGGGAGAGAUUGUGACCACCAUCCCUACAAUAGGCUUCAAUGUGGAGACAGUAGAAUAUAAAAACAUCAGCUUCACAGUUUGGGAUGUUGGUGGCCAGGACAAAAUCAGACCUUUGUGGCGACAUUAUUUCCAGAACACCCAAGGUCUGAUUUUUGUGGUUGACAGUAAUGACCGAGAGCGAGUCAAUGAGGCCCGGGAAGAACUAACCAGAAUGUUAGCAGAAGAUGAGCUCAGAGAUGCAGUUCUGUUGGUGUUUGUAAAUAAGCAGGAUCUUCCUAAUGCCAUGAACGCCGCAGAGAUAACGGACAAGCUCGGCUUACAUUCCCUUCGCCAGAGAAACUGGUACAUUCAGGCCACCUGUGCCACCAGUGGGGAUGGGCUAUAUGAAGGCCUGGACUGGCUCUCCAACCAGCUCAAAAACCAGAAGUGAUCAGAAACAACCCAUUCCCUGUGCGAUGUGGCAAAACCAGCUGGCCUCUUCCAUGUGCGUGUGUGUGUGUGUAUGUGAGAAGCCCAAGUGGCUGUGUGGCUGGGAGUGGGGGCAGCUUUCUCACACCGUGCCUUAUACACACUACAAGAAAAACCAGUAUUACAUUUUAAGAAAACCAGUGUUACAUUUUAAAUCUUCCAUUUCAGUAGCUUUGGAGAUCAUCUGUGCUGAGGCUCCCUGGUGCAUGAUAGUCAGAGAGCCUUCAGGGUGGAACAGGAGAGCAGGAGUGGGGACAGGUUGUGAUUGCGGUCCUAGGUGCCUGGAAUCCCAUUAGACUUUGGUGUCCUUUUGUAAAAAGGAAGGAAUGAGUGGUCAUUCUUUUCCAUCUUGCCAAAGCUAGCAACUCACUUUUCAGUGCUUUAAAACAAAUGAUCCUCAAGGCACAAAGGUACUUGCUCACUACAGGUGUGCAGAGGUUCAGACUGGAACCUUCCUCUUAAGUUCCUCUUUAGCCCAGACUUCCUGGUUUAACAUGCUUUAGUUAAAGAAAUUGGUGAUCUUUUUUAUUGGAGUAUCAAGACUGUACCACUAGAAAACUUUCCAGCACCUCUUACAGUGCUCACAGUGGAAGCAGAGUGGGUGGAGGAAGUGAGGUGAAGUUGCUUUUGUGUUGUGGCAUAACUGUCUCAGGUUUCAGUCCACCCCAUCCCCAGGCUGCUGCCCCCAUUUCCUUGCUCUGUGCUAAAUGUUCUAUGCGUGAAGCAGGAGGCUGGCUCCUGGGUGGAGUUGUCACUGUGUACAGCUAUCUUAGUCCACCUUAUGCUUUUGGUUACUUUCUGUUCCCAGAACCACAUACCUGUGAGUUUUGAGAGUUUGAGAGAGUCAAGAGGUUAAUUUGGGGGUUGAAGUUCCUGGCAACCCCUGAUGUUGCCCCCAAGUUGGUGCUAAAUGUUGCUAUGAAAUGCAUCUCUUGUCUAGACCAUUCCCCACAGCGCUGACUUCCUCUGUGGACAGCAAUAACAUCUUAGGAGCUGUUUAGAAAUGUGCUCUGUGUUGUCGUGCAAAUAAUAGAAUGCUCUGGAGAUGAGCUGGUGUCACUCACGCCAGAGCUCUUUUGCCCUGACAACUAUUGGCUGCAUUUGUACCUAAGCACUUCCACUACUUAACCUUUUAAAAUUGCUUUAAAAAAAAAACAAACCUUGAUUCAAGAUGGUAAAGUGAAUUUCCACAAAAGUAAACCUUGUUUAUUGAUCACAAAGAAGUUAUACUAGGAAAAAAUUUCAUGCCAUGAUAAAUGUGGGGUGUGAUGUUUUUUCUUUAAGAUGUUAACUUUAUAAAGAGUGCUCAUUGCAGUACUGGCAACUAAGCCCAGACUUGAUUUUAACCACAGAGGAAUUCCUGAAAAAUACUAGAUUGUAUGCCUCAAGUUGGCAGGGUCUGUCUACACUUUUGUAUUUAUACUUAGUAACAGUGUACCUGGCAUGGUGCUGGGCUUCAUUAACACUUGCUGAUUGGUUGGACAAUAAAGAAUUUGCUUUGAAAGGAGAGGACAGCCAUGUGCCUCUGAAUGUCUUGAACUGUGUUAAAUCUCUUUCCCCUCCAUCUUAGACUUUUCUCCUGAACACUCCCAGGGCAUGUGUACAGAAGACACUGGAGGCG